CUCAAAUAGAUUUUAUUGUUUGUUAUUACUUUUUUAUCAAUAAUUCCAAAAAUUCUAAAUUUUUUUAAUUUUCCUUAAAUACAACCGAGUAAUGGCAAAUAGCGCUUUGCCGCAAAGCCAAGAGGCCCAGGAGGCUCUCUCAAAGUCGUACCGGACAAGACUAAAGGACGAUGUCAAAAAUAUACUUGAGAAUGUUGAAGGUCAGCUUGAUGCGACAAUGGGAAAUACUCCAGCUGCAAAUGUCGAGACCCUGCACCAACUGCAAAAUCAUCCAGAAGUCACGCAGCAGCUCAUCGCUGUCAUGACCACUAAUGGGGCUGCCAAUGUAAUCCCCACUAGCCCUCAGUAUGGUGUCGCUAUAAUUUCGUCUAAUAGUGAUUCAGUUGCUUCGGCAACUUACCCAUCUACUGCUGCCAUUAUCAGCAAUAGCAAUAAGAGUGUCGAGGAUGGUAAAGAAAUAAUUCAUAGCACUCCUAGUAGAACUAAUGACAGGUUUAAAGUUGUAAAAAUUGCAAGUUUAGAGCCAUUUAAGCGAGGCAGAUGGAAAUGUAUGGAUUAUGUUGAUGAGGCUCCCCCUCCUAAUGUUUCUAAAGCUAACAUUCAAACACCCAAUCCGCAAACUAUUUAUAUACAAUCCCAAAGCUUACCUCAACAGCAAAUCCAACAAAUGCUUUUGCAAGGAAAUACUCAAUUUUUUCAAAAUAUGCCUCAAUUAAUUCCACAAGGUCAAUAUUUCUAUCCAAAUCCUCAACAACAACAGAUGCCUAAUAAUAACCAGUUUAUUAAUACUCAGCCUGCAUAUUUUGCAAACCCUGCUGGAUUUAGUUUACAGCAAAGCUACCCAAAUAUUCAGUAUGUUCCAAUACCAACUCAGAACAGUGCUUUUGUACCUACAACACAACAUUUUCAGCAGAGUCAGAGUUAUGCUGGGCAACCUACAAUGCAGGCUAGUAUGAUGAAUGGACAUAAUCCCUAUCCUCAGCAAAAUGAGCCUCAAGUAAUGUCUAAUCAAUCGAGUAAUCAACCUUCCAAAACAAUUAUAGUCAAUAGUAAUAAUAACCCCCCCAUACAACAACAACAACAACAAUUUCAACCACCACAAUCACAAAUUUUUCAACAACAGCAACAACAACAACUACAACCUCCACAAACUCAAACUGUAAUCCAGCCUCAAAGUUUCGAAUCACAUCCAAACCCACAAUUUCCCAUGAAUGUUAAUACUUUAACAACAGUUUUGGAUGAAGCAAAAGAGGAGACUGGUAGUACUACAGCUAAUGACAAUGUUGACGAUUCAACAAAAAACAAUCCUGUAGUGAACGCUAUUGACAACAAAAUCGAACAAGCUAUGGAUUUAGUCAAGAGCCAUUUGAUGUACACCGUAAGGGAAGAAGUGGAAGUGCUCAAAGAGAAAAUCACUGAAUUAAUGGAAAGAAUCCAACAAUUGGAGACUGAAAAUAAUUAUUUAAGGUCCCAAGUUCCAAAGAACGUGGCCCCGCCUAAUAGUAGCAACAAUGCAACCUUUCAGCAGCCGCAACAAAAUAUUGCUAUUGUCAAUCCUAGUCCCAAUGUUGUGACACAACAAAGCGCCCCGCAACCCAUUCCUAAUAAUACAACGAACCUUCAGACCGGCAAAGAAAGUGUCCAAUAGAAAUCAGGCUGGUACUGAUUAAUACAAGGUGACUACAACCUGGAAAACAUAUUUAUUCCAGGAGUUUUAUAUUUUUAUUUAAGUUGCCCUUUAUUCUUUAUUUUAUUUAGGAUAAUUGUGUGGAAUUAUGUUGUACUGAGCGGAAAAAAAUACAACUUACAAUGCCUAUUAAUUAAUUAUCAGUAGUAAGCCAGCAUAAUUUGCAAAUCCAGCAGGAUUGACUUUACAUCUAAGCUAUUCUAAUUUUUUAAUAUGAUAUAGCUGCAUGUGCAAUACAACAUCUUCAGCAGAGUUAGAGUUAUGCUGCGCAAACUGUUAUGAUUAUUUGACAUCACAGCAAAAUGGACCUCCAUUAACUAACUAUUAGUUAUAAUAAUGUACAACUAUAGAAAUUUCAAUCACAAACCUUUCAACAACUACCCCAGCCUCCAGUAGCUGAAAAUAUAAUCAAAUGUCAAACUUACACCAACAUUGCACUAUGAAUGUGAAAAGUUGUACAAAAGUUUUGGAUGACGAAAAAGAAAUACAUAGUUGUAUUACUACUGAGAAUGUUGAAGUAAAUGCCAUUGACAAAAAAAUCAAACUUGCCAUAGAUUUGGUUGAAAGUAAUUCAAUGAAGUUGAGGUGCGAACAGUUAUUAGAGGCCCACAGUAGUAGCAACAAUGUUAUGUUCCAUCAGCAACAAAACGUGCUAUUGUCAAUCCUAGUCAUAGUAUUAUAACACAACAAAGCACCCCCAAAACUAUUUGUAGCAAUACAAAUGAAGUGUCCAAUAGACAAUAGGAUUGUCUUGAUUAUACAGAGAGGAUUUUUUUUUCUGUUUUUUGAGUAUUCAAUAAUGCAUGAUUUGAAGUGUGUACACAUUUGAAGCCCCUUUACCUACCGCACAUCACAAAUUAAAUAAAUUUAAUUAGUUUUGCUCAUGUCCCUCUGUGAAUUAAGCCUCCUUGUCUGCCAUAUUCGAUUACGACUUUCAGUUUGAUAAUACUGAAUUGUCGAAUUUGUAAUAGAUUUUGCUGUACAUACAUAUUUUAUUAAUAAUUUAUUGCAAUUUAUUUUCAAUAUCUUAACUUUAUAUUAUUAUUUGAUUGUGUAAAUUGUGAUUUCAAUUUAAAAAAUUUUAAAGCCAUUUUCAUGUUGUAGAGCCUUAAACAAAUAAAUAAAAGUUGUCUAGUGCGUUUUAAAACGAGUUUAGUAUGACAGAAAGAUUUGAUAUAAUUCACAUUUGUUUUACUUUUCGCAUCUAGUGACAUAAAGUAGUUAGCUUGUAACUGCCAAAAGUGUAUGGUAGAGUUUUUUUUUCUUUUUUUAAUUUUAAUUGGAAAGUUUUUGAACUUAGAAAAAAAGUGUUCUAUGAAACGCGCUGGAAAAGACGCUAGGUAGGUAAUUACACAAAAUAUAAACCUUUAUUUAUUAAUUAAAAUGAUCAAACCAAAUAUCAACAACGUGCAAAGGUGUGCCUCCAGAAUGGAAACUACCUUCAUCUGCUGACCAUAUAUUUGGGACAUUGUCGUUUCCUCUGCUAGCUAAAUAUUUUGCAUCUGGCGACCAUUUUAGACCACAUAUUUUUCUCGUGUGAGCUGGCACUGUAGCUAAGAUGUGUUCUUUUUCUCUGACAUCAUGAUGAAUAAGUUAUUUAAUUCUCAACCCACUAGUCAAAAUGUACGAGGACGAGUUUUAGGCCCGCGACCAACUCUUGCAGAAUGACCAUUCAAUGUCCGAAGUCUCUUUGCCCAUAUUUCCACAGUUUCUUGGGUUGUGUGCCUAUAGCUAAAGAAUCACUUUCUUGGAACCUACAUAAUAAUUUCCUGCUUCAUUGACUUUGCCAGUUCCAGCAUUCCAUAAGUACACGUGAGACCCAAUAGCAGCAGCCAAAAUAUUAUUUGCACCACAAUCCAAUAAAUUCAGAUAAUAUUCGUCAAUAAUAUCCGGAGCCUGGAGAAUGUAUCCAUUUGAACUUUUUAACAGAUGCUAAUGCAGGGGUUAUUGUUUGUGAAUUCAACACCUACCUAGUCAUUCCCAACUGGUUAAAUAAACAUCAUUUAUUGUGUAAAAUUGGCUUUAAAAGUUUGUUGUUAACUUUUUUUGUGUUUUAAAUGAAAUGUAAUUAUGUAAUAUAAUUAGAUAGGUAAGCUCUCUUGCUGGUUUAGAUAUCUUUGAUUAACCUGUAAAUAAGUGUAAAAAAAAAUAUAAAAUUAGCCAAAUUUCUAUUUGAUUUGGUGCUAAAUCGAAACUGUGAUUUAAUUAUUUUUAAAUUAUUGGAUUUUAAUGAUCACAUUAUUUUUUUCUUUUUUCGUUUCUAAAGUAGUUUGCUUUACAAGUGAAUCUUUUUAUGUAUAUGUAUAUAGGAAACAUAGCUACAUUGUAUAAUCCUAAAUAAAUAAUAUAUUAUAUUUAUCAGCUUAUUUUUUUUUGUUCCUACUUUUUAUGUAGAAACCUGGUGUAACAAUGUGAAACAAGAAAUUUUUAAAUUGAACUAAAAAAUUGGUUUCUAGCUUGUUCUCAGAAGUGUUCGCUAAGCAAUUCGUGGAAGUCUUCAAUAUACAGCCCGAAGUCAAUACGUUGAAACACCGAUAAUUCACGCACAGUAACCUCCAUCGACUUCAC